AGUUUGUAUCUGGAGACCCUUCAGGGGAAUUAGCUAGGAACUUACGAAGAGAGCUAGUGAAGUUGUCUGACAAAUGGAAUGCGUUGGUGGAUAAAAGUGAUGAGCUGGCGACUAGAUUUGAGCAGAAUACUUUAAAACUAAACCAACUAACAACAACUCUGGAAGAAGCCUGCGCAGCUGUCUCUCGCCUAGAACGUGCUACCCUAACGUGGAGCGGCCCCGGAGCGCAGCUGAAGCCAGGGAACUUCUCGCAGGCCUGCGCGCAUUAGAACAACAGCUGCCGCAGCUUCAAAGGCGACUGGAGGAAGCUAGAGCGCAUGCAGCUGCGCUUGGUGCGGCGUUGCCGCAACAAUCAGCUGCACAGCUGGAAGAUUGUGCGGCGAGGACCAGAGCGUUGCAAGCUGCGAUUAGAGAGAGGAGGGAGGUGCUUACGACGAGUACACAGGGUUUACGAGCCCAAAACGACAAAAUUCUAGACGUAGCAGACAUGGUGCUAGUACUGAGGGCGAUCUACGGAAACGUAGCCGCUGUAGAUACAACAGUAGACGUACCACUUUGCGUUGACUUGGCACUCAACUGGUUACUUAACGUAUACGAUAGUCAAAGAACGGGGCAGAUCAGGGUUCUUAGUUUUAAGGUGGGUUUGACAAUCUUAUCAAAAGCGCACUUAGAAGAAAAGUAUCGCUACCUGUUUCGUCUCAUAGCUGAUCCUGACCAAAAAGCUGAUCAACGUAAGCUAGGACUACUCUUACACGAUGUUCUACAGAUACCUAAACAACUGGGAGAAGUCGCUGCGUUUGGUGGAAGUAACAUUGAGCCUAGCGUCAGGAGUUUGUUUGGGAGAAAGCGAAAAUUUGGAGGCGGCUCAUUUUCUUGCUUGGUUGAAACAGGAACCUCAGGUAAGCUGUUAUUGUCAUUGAACAAAUUCACAUACAGUGUCCGUCAUCACCAAGGAAAUCGAAUAGAUUAG